AUGGUCAAGGCUAUUUCCCUUUUGUUUUUGGCCGCUGCCUCACUCGCAGUUGCUGAUCCAACUGUCUAUCUCAUCCGUCAUGGUGAGAAGCCCGAUGAUGGAGAUGGACUGAGCUCCGAGGGUCUUGAGCGGGCUCAGUGCUUGCGGACCGUGUUUGGUGCGAGCUCCAGCUACAAUAUUGGCCAUAUCAUGGCACAAACUCCUCAAAGUGAUGGCAGCCGUCAGCGUCCGUACGACACAGUCGAACCUCUGGCAGAGGAUCUGGGUCUGACUGUUGAUACAUCUUGUGACCGGGAUGACCCUGGCUGUGUCAAGGAUGUUGUUGACGGAUACACUGGAUCGGGAAAUAUCCUUAUUUGCUGGGAGCAUGAUGCUCUAACCGAUAUUGUCGAGAAGCUUGGUGAUGAUGAUGCUCCUGAUUAUCCAGAUGAUAGCUUUAACAUCAUCUGGACUGACCCAUCUCCCUAUACUGAUAUCACUUCAGAGACUAGUGAGAACUGUCCUGGCCUGGAUGAUUAA